UAUUCAUUACACAUUACAAUAUACAAUAAAUCACAGGUACCUACUUAAUUCAAAUUUUUAUUUAAAAAUGAGUUCUGAUGAUGAUAAUUCUCAAGAUAAACCUAACUUGGCUACAGAAGAAUAUUGGAAUGAUACUUACAAUGUAGAAUUAGACAAUUUCAAAAACUUUGGUGAUCCUGGUGCUGAAUGGUUUGGGCAUAGUAUAGGACUCAAGAUGAUUAAGUGUAUACAAUCAAAAUGUAAAAUUAGUCAAGAUGAACCCAUUUUAGAUGUAGGAUGUGGAAAUGCUUUACUCUUAAUCCAAUUAGCUAAAUUAGGAUUUUCCAAUCUGUAUGGCAUAGAUUAUUCAGCUCCUGCAGUAAAAUUAGCAAAUUCAAUAGUUAAAGAUCAAAAUAUUGAAAAUAUAACACUAAAGGAGUUUGACUUUUUGACUGAUGACGUGAAAAUAUUACCGACAUUUUCAUUGGUCUUGGAUAAAGGUACUUACGAUGUUAUUAGUAUGGAAGAUGAAAGUAAAGAAAAGAGAAACCGUUACAAAGAAAACAUAGUCAACUUGUUACAGCCAAACGGAAUGUUUUUGAUUGUUAGCUGUAAUUGGACACAAUUUGAAUUGAAUGCUCAWUUUGGCGAUGUUUUUCAAGUUGUUCAUACUAUACCGACUCCGUCAUUCCAGUUUGGAGGAGCUGUUGGUAAUACACUGUCGGCCAUUCUUUAUCAAAAAUUAUAAAAAAAAGGGAAAAAAAUGUGAUGUUUUAUUCAAUACUGUAAAAUUACUAUGUGAUUUUCUUUGCA